CCCAACUCGAGCGGUCGACUCUCCACAACUUCAAAAUCUCCAAGCCACCAAGCUACCCAACGUAGGCGGAAAAGUUUUAGAUAUACGAAAUCAUGAUGGCAAAGCUGGGCUGUUUCUCUAUUUGGCUAAUGGUCGUGAUGAUCGGAGCCGCUGUGGCCAUCGAAGUUCAGAAAUUCGGCUAUCUAUUCAAUCCACCGCAACCGGAACACUCGCAGCAUCACGAGGAGAAGCAAGAUCUGAACAAGAUACCCGGAGUUCCGGGCGUGGACUAUCCGGUCUACCAUGAGGUACCGCACACCCACUUCAGCUGCCACAGUGUUCCGGCCACUCCGGGAAUGUACGCCAAUGUGGAGACGGGCUGCCAGGCCUAUCACGUGUGCCACGAUGGAAGGGAGGGUGAACAGGGCGCCAAGUUCCUUUGCACCAAUGGAACCAUCUUUAAUCAAAAGGAAUUCGCCUGCGACUGGUGGUACAAUGUAAAGUGCGAGGAGGCCACUAAUUUCUACCACUUGAAUGCCGAUCCCGAGCACAAUCCUUACUUUCCCAAGAAGAAACCUGAGCUGGAACCUUAUGCUAAUGAUAUUCAUGAUGCUAGCAAAUUUCUAAUAGAAGCUUAACUUUGUUAUGAUACUCAUUUUGUUUUUACUUUUUCACAUUUUGUAAAUAAAUCGAGAAAACAUCUACCUUUUU